UUUUUUCUUUUUAAUUUAAUCGUUAUCUUAUAUUCCUCAAAGCGUAUAAUAGUGUACAUUUGAAAAUUAACAUUUAUACGUAACUGUUCGCACAAAGUUAUAUUUCAUUCAACGUAUCAAUUAAUACUUUACACGUGCAGGUUGAAUGGGAAUAAUGAUGACUUCGCUUAUCGAACUUAAAAGAUUCUCAUCGAUGAGUAUAAUCGCGAUUUUAGCGAUGGUGGUCGGCGUCCAAGCGGAACUUAAACAAAUAAAUGUGAUAUUCCGGCACGGCGAUAGGAUACCCGAUGAGAAAAAUGAAAUGUAUCCGAAAGAUCCUUAUUUGUAUUAUGAUUUUUAUCCACUGGAGCGUGGCGAAUUGACUAACUCAGGUAAAAUGCGAGAAUAUCAAUUGGGACAAUUCUUGAGAGAGAGAUAUGGUGACUUUUUGGGAGACAUUUACACGGAAGAAUCCGUCUCGGCUCUCAGUUCGUUCUACGACAGGACGAAAAUGUCUCUGCAACUCGUACUCGCAGCGCUCUAUCCGCCAAAUAAAUUGCAACAAUGGAACGAAGAUCUGAACUGGCAACCGAUCGCCACGAAAUAUUUGCGCCGCUAUGAGGACAAUAUCUUUUUGCCAGAAGAUUGUUUAUUAUUUACGAUCGAAUUUGAUAGAGUAUUGGAAUCACCGCGUGGGAAGUACGAAUUCUCGAAAUAUGACAAAUUGAAGAAAAAAUUAGAAGAGUGGACCGGAAAAAAUAUCACUACGCCAUGGGAUUAUUAUUAUAUCUAUCAUACACUGGUGGCCGAACAAUCUUACGGUCUUACUCUGCCAUCUUGGACAAAUAAUAUAUUCCCAAGAGGAGAAUUAUUCGAUGCGACGGUAUUUACGUACAACAUAACCAAUUCGACUCCUUUGUUGAAAAAACUUUAUGGAGGUCCGCUUCUUCGAAUAUUCACCAAGCAUAUGUUAGAUGUAGUAUCCGGUACGCAAAAGAAAAAGCGAAAGAUAUACUUGUUCAGUGGACAUGAAAGUAAUAUCGCCGCUGUCUUGCACGCUCUUCAACUUUAUUAUCCUCACGUUCCUGAAUAUUCCAGUUCUAUUAUAAUGGAGCUUCACAAUAUCGAAGGCACUCACUAUGUAAAGAUCGUUUACUACUUGGGUAUCCCGUCUGAAGCAAGAGAACUUCAAUUACCCGGCUGCGAGGUACUUUGCCCUUUGUACAAGUAUUUACAAUUGAUUGAGAACGUGAUACCAUCGAACGAAGAGAUGAUUUGCGAUAAAAGAUUCGCCGACGAGUCGGCAAACAAUUUGUCGAUCGAAGAAUUAGAUUUCGUGAAAUUGAAUUUAAUAAGGAUAGCGGGUACUGAGAAUAAAUAUUUUAUCUACUAUAAACAUAUGAACGUUGCUCAAAAUAAAAGUACGCUCAACACACGAAUGAUGAAUACCACAUGGACUUUAAGAUUCAUCAUUUGUCUCCUUUGUUGUCAAGCAUCUUUGGCAGAAUUGAAACUUGUACAGACGAUAUUUAGACAUGGAAACAAAAUGCCAUCGAAUAUCAAUUUUUAUCCUAACGAUCCUUACAUUAAUUAUACUUACAAGCCGGCGGGACGAGGAGGUUUAACAAAUGUUGGUAAAAUGACCAUGUACAAAGUUGGCCAAUUCUUUCGAGAAAAAUACGAGGAUUUUUUGGGAGAAAUUUACACGAAAGAAAAUAUUUGGUUUCGCUCUGAUGAAGUAGAUAGAACUAUAAUGAGUGGACAACUCGUGGCAGCUGGACUAUAUCCACCUUCCAAAGAACAAAGAUGGAAUCCAGAUUUGAAUUGGCAACCUAUACCUGUAUGGACAAUACCAGUUACUAUGGAUUGCCUUUAUAUCACUCAGUUUUCUUCAAGAUUUCAUACAUUGAGAAACAUAGUGGAAGAAACGGACGAAGAUGUGAUACAAUUUGAAAAAGACAAUAGAGAUAUUUAUAAAUAUUUGUCCAAACACACAGGUGGUAAUAUCACACAAUCAAGAGUGUUUGUAUUAUAUCAAUAUUUAUUCUCACAGAGAGAUAUUGGUUUAGAAUUACCAGAAUGGACGAAAUCAAUUUUUCCUCACGGAAAACUUGACGAAUUAGCUAUAUACGAUAUUUUGAUUCGUACUCGUAUUCUGGAAUCGAAACAAAUAUUAGGUGGAAUAUGGAUUCGCGAAUGGUUGAAUCAUGUUAAUGAUCAUAUAAGCAAAAAAGAUACGCGAAAAGCGUUUAUGUAUGCGGCACAUGAUCUAAAUAUCGCAUAUAUACUUUCUGCAUUGGAUAAUUUCGAUAACGAAAUUCCUUACUAUGGUAAUAGUCUAAUGUUUGAAUUACACGAAGACGAUAAUGAAUAUUAUGUUCAGAUACUUUAUAAAAAUAAGGAUAAUAUUCGAGUUCUUAAAUUUCCUAAUUGUGAUAAGAUGUGUCCAUUAGAUGAAUUCAAGAAAUUCGUAGAGCCUUUAAUAUCGAUUAAUAUGGAAGAAAUAUGUGGACAUAAAUAAAGAAAUACAUAUAUUUUCUUGUUUUUUCAAACCUUUCUCUCAAAUUUUAAAUAUAUUGUAAAAAAUUAAAA